AUGGAUCUUGUUUUAUCACGAUCUUUCAAAUAUAUACACAUUUCUUCAUUGACAAAAAUAGAAAACUCCGAACAUACAUCCAUUUCCGUCUUGUCCUCGCAGAUUAUGUGUUUGGCUGCAGGGAUGAGAAUUUCUAAAUCAUUCCCUGCGAUUUUUUAUAUAUCGUUUAUAGCCCUAUAUUUUUCUUUGUACACAAUAACACCAAUUUUUUCAAACUCCCUACAAGACAAUUUCAUCAAAUGUCUCGAAAAAAACACAUAUGUUGAUUUUCCACUCGAGAAAACGUUCUUCAGUCCUAAAAGAAACGCCUCGAUCUUUAAAGAAGUUCUUGAAUCGACGAUUCAAAAUCAACGGCUCUUGACCAAGUCUCUACCUAAACCAAUUUGCAUAUUUAAACCGGUUCACGAAUCUCACGUCCAAGCUUCCAUCAUAUGUUCCAACAAACUUGGAAUUCAUCUCCGAGUUAGAAGCGGCGGUCACGAUUUCGAAGGCUUGUCCUAUGUCUCACAGAUGGAAACAUCAUUUGUAUUGCUCGAUUUCUCAAAACUGAGACAGAUCAAAGUUGAUAUUGAAGACAACAGUGCUUGGGUUCAAGCUGGUGCUACACUUGGUGAACUUUACUACAGAAUCGCAGAGAAGAGCAAUCGCCAUGGAUUCCCUGCGGGUUUGUGCUCAACCGUAGGCGUAGGUGGAUAUAUAACAGGCGGUGGAUAUGGUCCCUUGAUGAGGAAGUAUGGUCUUGCUGCAGAUAAUGUUCUAGACGCAAAGAUCGUUGAUGCUAAUGGCAAAUUACUCGACAGAAUCGCGAUGGGAGAGGAUCUGUUUUGGGCUAUCAGAGGAGGGGGUGGAGCGAGUUUUGGAGUAAUUCUUGCAUGGAAGAUCAAGCUUGCUCCUGUUCCUGAAACCCUAACCGUCUUCACGGUUAUCAAAACGUUAGAACAAGACGCUAACUUCAAGACUCUUUCUAAGUGGCAACGAAUUGCACACAAGCUUGUUGAAGAGCUCUUCAUACGAGUGACAAUCAGUCCCAUUGGAAACGGUGAAAACAAGACUGUGAUGACAAUGUACAGAGGUCUGUUUCUUGGCGGGAAAGGCACUUUGAUGAAGGUUAUGAACAAGGGUUUUCUGGAACUAGGGCUAACUCGGAAGGAUUGUACCGAGAUGAGCUGGAUCGAAUCCACUGUUUACAAUGCUGAUUUUCCGGCGAACACUCCUAUUGAAGUUUUGAUUCAAGCGAUAUCACCAUUCGAAAAACUUUCCUUCAAAUCAAAGUCGGAUUUCGUGAAAGAACCUAUUCCUGUUUCAGGGCUUAAAGGAAUUUUCAAGAGGAUGAUGCAAGAAGACUCUCUUGCUUCAUUUCUGGCUUGGACUCCUUACGGUGGAAUGAUGGCUAAAUUCUCUGAAUCUGAGAUUCCUUUCCCGCAUAGACGCGGCACCCUCUUCAAGAUUUUCUAUAACACAAACACCGAGAAGAGACCUAGUAAACACAUUAACUGGCUUAGAGAUCUAUACAGUUUCAUGACGCCUUAUGUCUCAAGCAAUCCAAGACAAUCGUAUGUGAACUACAGAGAUCUAGACCUCGGGAAGAACAAAAACAACUCAAAGGCUAACUUCAAGAAAGCCCAAAUCUGGGGAACUAAGUACUUUAAAGACAAUUUCGACAGAUUGGUGAAAAUUAAAUUAAAAGUUGAUCCACAUAACGUCUUCAGACACGAGCAGAGUAUCCCAACUCUGCCCACAACUAUGUAA